GGGUUCCUGUUUGCUGUGUCACAGAGGGAAGUAAGAGAAAAGGGCAAGCCAACAAAUGAACAAGCGUCAGGUAGAAAAGACAGCAGAAAUGUAAUUGUUUCUCAGCUGGGUUUUACUGCUGUUAUAGAAAGUUUACAGUGCAUUUAAUAGAUGGAACAAAGAGAGAGAGGAGGGAGAGAGAGAGAGCUAGAGAGACAGAAGGCUAAGAGACAGAUUCAAAGACCAAAAAAGGUCUGGAGUCAGAGCUGGAUCAACUGCAGGCUUGACAGAUGUGGCAUGGGCAGAGAAGAAUGAGGAGAGGGCAGACGUCAAGACAAAUAGGAGCAGGGAGGUUAAAAAUACUUUUAAAAGUGCCAGCGAGCUGGAAGAAAUGAAGCGGCGAGAAGAUGAAGUGUUAAAAAGAGAUAUAUAGCACGCUGUCCUGUAUGUACAGUGUGGAGAGUAAUGAAGUAGAGAGGUAAGACAGAUCAGGAGGGGUGCCGAUCCAGAAAGACAUCCAGAGAGAGCGGGCGGGUGUCGGAAGUGGGAGGGUAGUGCAGUCCAAAAAAGCUUAGGAGGGUGGGCUGUUACUGUAAACGUAAUCUAGUGCAAGAGACCAACCGCAGCAAUUGUAGAGCAAAAGACAGAAGAAGAUCCAGCUCUCCUUCCUGUGAACCCAAAACACCCAGGUACCAUGGAGACAAGGGUUUGGCCACAGCACUGAGCACGCAGGUCCCUCAACCACUGGGCGUCAUGUCAACGGGCCCUGGCCUUGGUGAACUUGACCUGGCCGAGGGCCUUCAAAUCACAGGUCCAGUUGGUCUUCAGACACUGUUGGACCUACUGGUGGGUGUCUACCAGGAAUUCUGCUCCUCGCCAUUUGCAAGGGAGAAGUAUGUCUCUGGUUUCCUACAAUGGGCGGAGCCACUGGUAAGGCAGGUGAAAAAAACUCGCAUCAAGAGGGAAGAUUUCCACAUCCUGAAAGUGAUCGGUCGAGGUACAUUCAGUGAGGUCGCUGUGGCAAGGAUGCGAAGCACGCAGCAAGUGUAUGCCCUGAAGAUUAUGAACAAGUGGGACAUGCUGAGACGAGGACAGACAGCAUGUUACCAGGAGGAAAGGGAGGUACUGCUCAGGGGUGACAGGCGCUGGAUCACAGCGCUCCACUACGCAUUUCAGGAUGAUGACUACCUGUACCUGGUGAUGGACUACUAUGUAGGAGGGGACCUGCUGACUCUGCUCAGUAAGUUUGGAGACCGGCUCCCUGAGGACAUGGCUCAGUUCUACCUGGCUGAAAUGGUUAUGGCCAUUGAUUCAGUCCACAGACUAGGUUAUGUGCACAGAGACAUCAAACCUGACAACAUCCUGCUGACAGGGGAUGGACAUAUCAGACUCGGGGACUUUGGCUCCUGUCUAAGGCUUCUAGAGGACGGGACGGUUCACUCAUCACUCGCAGUUGGGACUCCUGACUAUUUGUCUCCAGAGAUUCUGAGGGCAGUGGAGGGAGGGGGAGGCUACGGUACUGAAUGUGACUGGUGGGCUCUGGGUGUCUGUGCCUAUGAGAUGCUACUGGGGACCACGCCCUUCUUUGCAGAGUCCAUCUCUGAAACAUAUGCAAAGAUCAUCCGCUUCCAGGAUUAUUUUGAGUUCCCCCAUUCUGGUCCUGAGAUUUCAGACAAUGCUCGGUCUUUUAUCUCUGGGCUCAUCUGUGAGAGGGAGGUUCGCCUUGGCAGGAACGGCUACAGUGAUUUCAGGAACCUCCCAUUCUUCUGUGGACUGGACUGGGGCUCCCUACAUGAACAUGCUGCACCCUUCCUCCCUGAAGUUUCCGAUGCAACUGACACCUCCAACUUUGACAUUAUGGAUGAUUGUCUAAGUGAAAUGGAGACACUGUCUGAUGUAAUGGACAGAGCCCCAGUUGGAGUCCAUCUGGCUUUUGUUGGAUACUCCUACACCGCUACCAGUCAGACAGGUGCUAUCGACCGCAGCCAAGACAUCAUGAUGCAGAUUGACCACAAAAGACUUCAGGAAUGUGACAACUUCUAUUCCAUGAAGAAACUGGGACAACUGUGGCAAUUCAGAGAUAGUCUCCCAGAUGACUUGCCUGCAUUGCUGGAGCUUCCACUGACUUUGGAACAAGGUCCUGCAGCAUCUACCCAUACUGCCACUGAUGAGGAAGAAACCAACACAAUAUCAGGACUCAAUGAAGAUUUGCAAAGACGGUUACAAGAAGCAGAGAGGAGGUACUGCGAGCUGCAGAAAGAAAUGCAGAGAUUGAAGGGCAAGAUUCAGGAAUGGAAAUUCCCCAAGGACACAGAGCUGAGUAUCUGCCUAGCAUCUCUUGCUCUGCCUGCCCACUGUGCGGAAGCGACAUGGGAUAAACGUUGCUGUUGUUGUAGGGAGAGAGCGCCCCCAGCCUGCCAUUACCCGCUGGUGAUUCCUCUACACCGCCACCUGCUCCUGUUUCACAGGGUCCGACUUCCUCAGGUGAGGAAUGAGUCGUACCUGCUGGUGUGUGCAGAAGGUGGGGAGCUCCAAGCAUGGGAGAGAAACUGUUAUGCCGAGCUUUCCUGAAUGGACCUGCCGACUUCUCCCUCUACAACAGGAAAAACUGAGCCAGAUUUUUGGUGACCACAAGACACCAGCAUCAGCUUCUCAGGGGAGGUGCUGGGGGGUUAAAGACUACAGAUGACUUUCUAAUGCCAGGUUUUCUCAUGGUAAACUUGGACCUGGUGAAGAAGCAAGACAGCCUGCUGGGAGCCAUUGAGGAAGAAAUGAUGAAGGCCACCUUCUGAACAACCCUCUUGUCUCUCCGUUUGAGUUCAAAGCACAUUGAGGAAAGGACUCAAUUUAAUGUGUGACAACGAUGAUUAUAUAAACCAAAGAGGAUCCAGAAGCAUCUCUCCAUGAGCAUCAUGUCCUCUGAGACUUUAGACCAUAUUGGUGAAAAGCUGUUGGAGGGAAGUCACACUAGAAAUUGGCAGCACAUAUUUUAUCAGUGCAGUCUAAUGAAAUUCAGGACCACACAGUGAUUUGAUGUGGAUAAUGUUUUGUCUGAGUAUAGCUAAUCAACUAAUCAUCAGUACCUUAUGUUACUAAAAUUUAUUGAGUAAAUCACUAACUGGAUACCGACCUAAUGUUCUCUAAUGAGCAUAUUUAACAGAAUAUGUCACUUACCUGCAAAAAAAAUAGCUCAUUUUUGUUGGCGCUAAAUGCUAACUAGCCAAGCCAAGUGCCUUAAUGAGCCAAUGUAGAGACUACAGGCUAGGCUAGCUAGCUUAACACACAUCGUACAGGUGUUACUCGGACAAUAUUAGGAACUACUUGAAGUGAAUGCAUUUUACAACUAUUUCUAAACUUGCAAAAAAAAUUGGCUGGAAACUAUAUUGAAAUGAUAUUUGGGACAGUUUUGUCAUUUAGUAAAAUUACAUUAAAUUGAACAGCUGCCUUGAAUUUGGGCAUUGUUAGCAUUGCUAGCUCUUCAAAGGUGAACAUUAUCAUCACACCUCAUGAUACUGCGUUGCUGCAAAUUACUGUGCCAGAUUUCACAAAAAUGAAAUUUCUAUCUAUUUCAGUGCAUACUGCUCAAGUGAUUAUUUUGCCACUAGAGGCAGAUCUGCACAAAUCUAUGGUUCAUGCAAAAUGACAUGGAAGUGUACUCUAAAUAUUUGCUGCCAAAAUAUGUUUGUGACCAGCUCCUCGCAGUUUAUGUGGUUUCUCUUACAUAUCCCGUAUUUGCACAAAGGGGUAGUUUGUACUUGAGUUGCACUAUGGCAUGUUUUGCUUUGCCUGUUUUACAAUACAAACUAUUAAUCUGUUCUUUAGCAUUACAAGUACUUUGGUUCAUGCAUUUUUUGGAUUAACUGUAGAUUGAAUACAGCCACUUUGAAGCUUGAGGUAAAUGGUACGAGAUGCAGCAAAAUCAAUGAAUACAUGACUGAAUGACGGCAUAAGUAAAAACACUAUAUAGUAUUUAAAUGUUAAAUUUAAAACUAGUGGUGCCACUGUAAACCUAGGUAAUGCUAGCAAGCAUCAAUCUGUUAAAGGAGUUUUCUUACCCACUUAACUGGUUUACAGAUGAGAACAAAUUUAUUAGCCAUCCUAAUACAUUUAAGGUUUUCUUCUUCUUUUUCUGUGCUUUUUUAACAAAACAAGGAAUUUUUAAAACAGCAUUUCUAAACAUCCUCAUUUGCAUUUUGGAUUCUUAAAUUAUUUGACUUUGCACACAGAAACAAAAUUAUUUCACAAAACCCAAAAACUACCAGAGUCAAAAUUAUUAGCCCCCUUAUGAACGGACCUGUUUGUAGAACUAUAGCACAAGCCACUGUUGUGAAAUGAUGAGGUUUAACUUUGUAAGGCUCAAAGCUUGUAAAAAUCAAAUUAAAACUGAUGGUUAUCUUCCAGAGUACACACAGUAUAAAAACAUCAGUAAGGGUUUGAGCUGUCAUUUGAGAAAGCAUCAUACCAAACGCAAAAGAAAUCAGUUUAGACUUUAGAAAAAGAAUUGUUGAUGCUCACAAAGCAGGAGAAGGAUUUAUCACAGCGUUUCCAGGUGUCAGGAAGUGGAGUGAGAAGCAUCAUCAAGAAAUUGAAACAGAGCUUCACAGUAAUAAUAAGCCUGUCUGAGCUAAGACGCAAAAGAUUUCAAAGACUCUGGAAAGAAAACUCAUGAGAUAUGUGUCUAAAGAACCCAGAACAACUGCUAAGACACUAGGGAAUGACUUAGUCAAGUCAAGAAUUGUAGUCUCAAAAGAGACAAUCACUAGAUCCCAUGAUAGAACUGUACUACGACGUUGCAGACCAAGAAAAACUCCACUUCUGCAAAAGAGACACCUUCAAGCCAGACUGAAGUAUGCUAAGGACAACCUGGAAAAAGGUUAUGCAUAGUGGAAGUGUGUUCUUUGGUCACAUGAGACAAAACUACAGGUCUUUGGCCAUAGAGAUGUUGCUUUUGGAGAAAAAAGGGAGAGACAUAUAUCCCAAAGAACACCAUCUCACAGGGAAGAUGUUUCAGUGUGUCAGGAACUGGGUAUCUCCUCAAGGUGGAAGACAAAGAAGAAGAAGAAAGAAGGGUAUGUGAAGAUUUUGAAAGAAAAGAGCAGCAAAACUGGGUCUGGGUUGUCACUUUCUCUUCUAACACGACAACAGCCAAAAAUAUACAUCACUCCUGGUGAAGAACUGCCUCAAGAAGACCAAAGUGAACAUUACUGACUGACCUGCACAAAGCCCUGACUUGAAUCCCAUUGAAAAUCUGUGGUGUAAAAUGAAGACCAAGGCCCUUGCCAGAAGACCAUCAAAUAUGGGGGAGCUUGAGAGAUUCGCCAAAGAAGAAUAGGCUGGGUUUCCUCUUGAGACAUGUCUGAGACUUCUCGAAAACUACAACAAACAACUACAGGCUAUUAUCCAGCAAAAAGGAUGCACAAUUGACUACUAGCAUCAGGAGGACUAAUAAUUUUUCCUCAUCUGUAAAUAUCAUUAGGAUGCUCAAGACAUCUUUUAAAUAUUGAAAAUCUGAAACAGAUUUAUUACAUGUGUGACAAAGUAAGUUGCAGUCACCAGUUCACCUAUAUCCACUAAACCACUCACAUUUUGUUGGAGUGCUAUAUUAGCACAAUGUGUUUGAGUAAGUCUGUGUUUACAAGCAACAUUAAAGAAGAAAAAUAUAAAGCCAAAUAUACCAAAAUACCAUUUUUAUUAAAUUCAUCAUUAAUAUUCAUGUAAAUCACAGGAGACCACCUCAAAAAUACAUAUUUUUGAAGAUAAAAAAUUAUCACACAUUUUCUGUAUUUAUAUUAAUUUGUAAAUAUUAUAUAUUUCUCAGGUUUUUGUUGUUUUAAAAGUUUUAGGUUGACCUUAAAUGUGCCUAAAUGUAUGCAGAGAGCUGUAAAAGAUUGACCAUAUCAGUGAAGCACUCCACUUAUUAUUGUAAAUUAUCUUGAUGAUUAAUCAAUAAUACUUAAUACUUCAAUCAAUACUAAUGAUAUUAUUAUUAUUAUUAUUAUUAUUAUUAUUAUUAUUAUUAUUAUUAUUAUUAUUGUUUAUUUGAAGUGAUAGUUGUUUGGACUGGUAAAAACUAAUAUGGAAUAUAUCGAUUUAUUCAGAAUAUAUCAAAAUGUGCAACCCUCAUGGUGAAAUUGUGCAUGGUAUUUACACAUAAAGAAGCUGCUUCUUAAAAGAAAGGGUUUUAAAAAAAAGUAGGAUGUAGUUUUUUGCCUAACUGCAUGGUGUGGUGUCAGUGUUCAUAAAAGUUAGGUUCCUUUGUUUUUGGGUAAAUGAUCAAGUGAAUUCAAACUUAUUUAUGACAAUAAACUGGCCACAAAGUGGUGUAACAUUAAAAUAAUGUUGCAUAUUUGAUAUAAUCAAGUACAGAAAGAAACAUUUUGAGGAUGAAAGGAGAAAUGAAUGAUGCAGUUUAAUGCUGACUGUCGUAUAUGCAAAAUAAAUGUUAUUUACUA